AUGGACGUGGACGUGAACGUGGACGUGGACGUGGACGUGGACGUGGACAUGGACGUGGUCGUGGACGUGGACGUGGACGUGGACGUGGACGUGAACGUGGACGUGGACGUGAACGUGGACGUGGACGUGGACCUGGACGUGGACGUGGACGUGGACGUGGAAGUGGACGUGGACAUGGACGUGGAGGUGAACGUGGACGUGGACGUGGACGUGGACGUGGACGUGGACGUGGACGUAGACGUGGACGUGGUCGUGGACGUGGACGUGGUCGUGGACGUGGACGUGGACGUGGACGUGGACGUGGACGUGGACAUGGACGUGGACAUGGACGUGGACGUGGACGUGGACGUGGUCGUGGACGUGGACGUGGACGUGGACGUGGACGUGGACCUGGACGUGGACGUGGACACGGACGUGGACAUAGACGUGGACGUAGACGUGGACGUGGUCGUGGACGUGGACGUGGACGUGGACGUGGACGUGGACGUGGACGUGGUCGUGGACUUGGACAUGUUCGUGGACGUGGUCGUGGACGUGGACAUGGACGUGGACGUGGACGUUGACGUGGACGUGGACGUGGACGUGGACAUGGACGUGGACGUGGACGUGGACAUGGACCUGGACGUGGACGUGGACAUGGACAUGGAUGUGGACGUGGACGUGGACGUGGACGUGGACGUGAACGUGGACGUGGACGUGGACGUGGACGUGAACGUGGACGUGGACAUGGUCGUGGACGUGGACGUGGACGUGGACGUGGUCGUGGACGUGGACGUGGACAUGGACGUGGACGUGGACGUGAACGUGGACGUGGACCUGGACGUGGGCGUGGACGUGGACGUGGACGUGGACGUGGACGUGGACGUGGACGUGGUCGUGGACGUGGACGUGGACGUGGACGUGGUCGUGGACGUGGACGUGGACAUGGACGUGGACGUGGACGUGAACGUGGACGUGGACCUGGACGUGGACAUGGACGUGGACGUGGACGUGGACGUGGACGUGGACAUGGACGUGGACGUGGACAUGGACGUGGACGUGGACAUGGACGUGGAGGUGGACGUGGACGUGGACAUAGACGUGGACGUAGACGUGGACGUGGACAUAGACGUGGACGUAGACGUGGACGUGGACAUGGACGUGGAGGUGGACGUGGACGUGGACAUAGACGUGGACGUAGACGUGGACGUGGACAUAGACGUGGACGUAGACGUGGACAUGGUCGUGGACGUGGACGUGGACGUGGACGUGGAGGUGAACGUGGACAUGGACGUGGACGUGGACGUGGACGUGGACGUGGACGUGGACGUGGACGUAGACGUGGACGUGGUCGUGGACGUGGACGUGGUCGUGGACGUGGACGUGGACGUGGACGUGGACGUGGACAUGGACGUGGACGUGGACGUGGACGUGGACGUGGACGUGGUCGUGGACGUGGACGUGGACGUGGACGUGGACCUGGACGUGGACGUGGACAUGGACGUGGACAUAGACGUGGACGUAGACGUGGACGUGGUCGUGGACGUGGACGUGGACGUGGACGUGGACGUGGACGUGGUCGUGGACUUGGACAUGUUCGUGGACGUGGUCGUGGACGUGGACAUGGACGUGGACGUGGACGUGGACGUGGACGUGGACGUGGACGUGGACAUGGACGUGGACGUGGACGUGGACGUGGACAUGGAUCUGGACGUGGACGUGGACAUGGACAUGGACGUGGACGUGGACGUGGACGUGGACGUGGACGUGGACGUGAACGUGGACGUGGACGUGGACGUGGACGUGAACGUGGACGUGGACAUGGUCGUGGACGUGGACGUGGACGUGGACGUGGUCGUGGACGAGGACGUGGACAUGGACGUGGACGUGGACGUGAACGUGGACGUGGACCUGGACGUGGUUUUGGACGUGGACGUGGACGUGGACGUGGACGUGGACGUGGACAUGGACGUGGACGUGGACAUGGACGUGGACGUGGACAUGGACGUGGAGGUGGACGUGGACGUGGACAUAGACGUGGACGUAGACGUGGACGUGGACAUAGACGUGGACGUAGACGUGGACGUGGACAUGGACGUGGAGGUGGACGUGGACGUGGACAUAGACGUGGACGUAGACGUGGACGUGGACAUAGACGUGGACGUAGACGUGGACGUGGUCGUGGACGUGGACGUGGACGUGGACGUGGACGUGGACGUGGACUUGGACAUGGACGUGGACGUGGACGUGGACGUGGACGUGGACGUGGACGUGGACGUGGACGUGGUCGUGGACGUGGACGUGGACGUGGACAUGGACCUGGACGUGGACGUGGACAUGGACGUGGACGUGGACAUGGACGUGGACGUGGACGUGGACGUGGACAUGGUCGUGGACGUGGACGUGGACGUGGACGUGGACGUGGACGGAGACGUGGAUUUAUAUAUUUCCCACCUUCUGAUCGAUUCCGAUACUGACCGACCUGGCCAAUGCACCAUUUUCUCUAUACAUGUGCGUUGA